AAUUCUCUCGAAAACCCCUUCGCUUGACCCAACAUGCCCUCUUCAAGCAACGAAUUCAUGGCCACAUGCACUUUCAAAUGCGGCUGAUCUAGAACGACAAAUGAGAAGAACGCAGCGGAACGCCCAAUGGGGGGAGUCCGUCGGAUCCCGUAGUACUACUAUACACUGGAAGCAACUCAGCUGUCAAAAACGACCAGGAAACAAAAGAGUCCGGCCAAUGGUGAUUCAAAAUCAGCGUGGAGGUGUGAACCUUGCCAACCCCUGACUUCUAGCUGUGAGUAGUCUAGAAUCGACGGAUGUCCGGAAGAACUAGUACCAUCAGUCCCCUCAAGCUUAUAAGAUUAUCUCCAUGUAGGCAGUUGCGUCUUUCCCAAUUACUCCAGUUUGCAGACUCAAAAAUUAGAUUCUCGGGGAUUUCAAUUUGAGUCGGCUUGUAUCUGGCAUUAUCCCAUUGAAGACGAAAUGGAUAUUGAAUCGGCCAUCAAAGUGCUGGAAGAUGCGUCGGCGCAGGCCAAGCAACUUGGACCCCAAUUCCGUCAGCGGAUUCUCUCCUUGUCCGAGAGCCUGCCGACCUUGGUCCUUAGCCAUGAACAGCUCGCCUUCAAGCAUAUCAUGGAGACACCUCCGCGGCAAUUCGCCAUUCGCAUGGGCGUGGAUCUGGGCAUAUUCCACGCACUCGUAGAGCGUGCUGGGACUCCCAUAACCUCGGCCGACCUGGCCGCGCAGUGCAAUGCCGACGAAGUUCUAGUCGUCCGAAUCAUGAGGGUUCUCACGGCGGCCGGAUAUGCCCAAGAGUCCGGCGAGAGAGAAUAUGUGACCACGCGCAUGUCGCAUGCAAUGGUCGUAAAGCACAUCGAGGCCUUUGCCGCUCACGUCUACGAGGCAUCGGCUCGAUCAUGCAACCGCAUGCCCGAGUACUUCAAGACACACGGGUACAAAAACCCCAUGGACGAACUGAACGGCCCGAGCCAGUACGCCUUUGGCACCAACCUGCACUGGUUUGAAUACCUCCACCAGGACCCCGUCAGGGCCGAGCGUUUCAACACGUGCAUGACAGGGAGCAAGGCCGGAUUCCGCUUCUGGUUCGAGUGGUUCCCCGUUACCGAGCACCUGCUGAACCCCUUCAGAGCCGCCUGUGUCUCCGAGGAUACGCCCUUCCUGGUAGACCUGGGCGGCGGCAUCGGCGCCCACGUCACACGUUUGUUGAAGGCCUACCCUGAGGCGGCACCGCUCGUCCUGCAGGACCUCCCGGCAACCAUUGCCAAGGCGAAUGAGCUGGACCUGGACCCCCGGAUUCGGCCCAUGGUCCACGACUUUUUCACUCCCCAGCCUGUCAAGGGCGCGUUUGCGUACUAUACGCGCCUUGUCUUGCACGACUGGCCCGAUGAGAGAUGUCGGACUCUGCUGAGGGCUACGGCUGCGGCCAUGAAGCCGGGCUUUUCACGUCUUCUGCUCAACGAGACCAUCGUCCCGGACAAGGGGUGUCCUCCCUUGCUUGCGGCGGCCGACAUUACCAUGAUGUCGCUUUUGGCAGGGAUGGAGCGGACAAAGACGCAAUGGGUGGAACUGGUUGAAUCAGCGGGACUGCGUGUGGUGAAGGUUUGGCAUUCGCCAGACUUGCCGGACUUUGAGGGAAUUAUUGAGGCCAUGGUUGUUGAGUGA